GCAGGAAGAAGGACGGUUCUGGGUGAGACAGAUGGAGCUCUACAUGCAUAGGAUUAUUCUCAUGAUUCUUCUUCGAGGUUGGUUCCCCUGUUCCUACAGUCAGGAUUGGACAAUUACCCUCCCUGAAUCCAUCAGAGCAUUGAGAGGAUCCUGUGUGGAGAUUCCCUGCACAUUCACCCUCCCCAGGGACUAUGAAGACUUCAAUCUGAUUUGGUACAAGGAAAAACGUCCUCGCAGUGAUAAUAUGAUAUUCAGUCAACAAAAUUCCUCUCAUGUGAAUCAACGUUACAGAGGUCGCACUUCUCUGGUCGGAAAUGAAUCAAACAGCUGCUCCCUGAGGAUUAAUGAUGUGCACGAAAGUGGCACUUAUUAUCCCUUUAUACAUGGAAACUGUUUUGACUCUUUCACCAAUAACUGCCAGAAAAUCAAGGUUCAACUCUCAGAUACUGCCAAUAAGCUAUCAAUACAGAGGCCCUCAAAUAUAACUGAAGGGGAAAGAUUCUCCAUCUCCUGCUCUGUAGAACACACCUGCCCCUCCAGUCCCCCUACUCUACAGUGGGACAAAGCUGGAUAUAAACUCACUGAAAGGCAGGAGAGACUUAUGGAUGGAGUGUGGAAAACUGAGACUGUUAUGGAAUAUCUCCCCUCCUUCCAGGAUCAUGGAACUGCACUUGAAUGUAAAGCUACAUAUCAAAAUGGGCUUGUAUCCAAGCGGCUGGUCACUUUACAUAUAAUACCUGCACAAAGAGGAGAGGAACUACCAUUGAGAAUUAUAAUCGGAGGUGUAGCUGGUGCUGUAUUGGUCAUACUAUUAGUUCUGGGUCUAUAUUUAUUUCUUAGAACAUCCAGAAAGUCACAGAAAUCAGAAGCUCCAGAAGGCAUGAAAGUGGAGGCCAACAAGGGGCAUAUUCGAAAUGAUGGACCAGAGAACUAUUACUACAACGUAUCAGCCAUUGCAGGUUCCUCAAGGAACGGAACAGCAGGAACCCAGUUGAGUGAGAUGAAGUUAGAAGAUCUUUAUUCUAAGCCAAAGGAACCAAACGAGGUUGACUAUGUUUUGGUGGAUCAUGCAGCAAUUAACAAAGCCCCUCAAGCGCAGAAACACACAGAGGAGACAGAAUAUUCCGUCGUGACUUCCUGAUUUGGGAGGGCAAAGAAAAAUUCUUGUGUGAAGACUAAAGAAAAGAAAUUUCUCAGAUGAUUUUUUAUUCUGCUUAGUGCUUGGUGCUUGAUUUGUUUGAAUUGCUAGCCCUAUCUAGUGGUAAACAUAAGCGUAGCACCAAAGCAGGACAACUUCUGAUUUUCUCCUGCUUGGGUAUCCAAUACAAUUUUAAAUAGUGGAGUGAAUUAUUUGCAGUGUAAACAGUGUAAUUUAGAAAUAGAAAGAAAAUCAUGGAAGUCUCCCUUUAACUAAAAAUGAGCACAAUAAAUUGGACUUGUGUUGAAAUUACAUUAUCCCUAUUGUUUUAAUAUUAAAAAAAUCCACAUCUUUCUAUUUUUUAAAUGUGAAAGUUCGGUUAUUUUCAUUGACCCUAUCUCCCACUUUAUGAACAGGGCAAUUACUUCAGAGC